AUGCCCUACACACCGUCUGGCUUCUUCUGUGACCGGCUGAUCCGGGAGCGGGAAAGGAGGGACGGCGAAGGCGCCCUGAACAAGCCGCUGCGCUUCAACGGCCAGGACUUGGCCGUCCUCCGGCAGGAAUGUCUCCAGAGGAAGAGCCUUUUUGAGGACGAGUCCUUCCCCGCCAGCGUGGAGUCGCUGGGCUUCAAGGAGCUGGGCCACAAGUCCAACAAGGUCAAGAACAUCGUCUGGAAGAGACCCAAGGAAAUUAGUGAGAACCCUCAGUUCAUCGUUGGCGGGGCGAGUCGCACCGACAUCUGCCAGGGAGACCUUGGUGACUGCUGGCUGCUGGCCGCCAUCGCCUGCCUAACCCUCAAUGAGAAGCUCCUCUACAGAGUAGUUCCUCCUGAGCAGAGCUUCUCACAGGACUACGCUGGAAUCUUCCACUUCCAGUUCUGGCGCUAUGGCGACUGGGUGGACGUGGUCAUCGACGACCGUAUCCCGACCUUCAACAACCAGCUGGUUUUCACCAAGUCGGCAGAGAGAAACGAGUUCUGGAGUGCUCUGCUGGAGAAGGCCUACGCCAAGCUUCAUGGCUCUUAUGAGGCCCUGAAGGGUGGCAACACCACGGAAGCCAUGGAAGACUUUACCGGGGGCGUCACCGAGUUCUACGAGCUGAAGGAAGCGCCCAAAGAGCUCUACAAGAUCAUGAAGAAGGCCUUGGAAAGAGGAUCCCUCAUGGGCUGCUCUAUCGACUCCCUCGUCCCCGCUCGCUUCGAGACUCGGACUGCUACGGGCCUGGUGAAGGGUCACGCCUACUCGGUGACGGCGGUAGAAGAGUGUCGGCCCUCUCAACACAGAGAGACCAAAGUGCGUCUGGUGCGUCUCAGAAACCCUUGGGGCCAAGUGGAGUGGAACGGACCGUGGAGCGACAAUUCGAAGGAAUGGGCUGCGUUGUCCAGUGCAGAGAAGGAGAAGCUGCAACAUCAGAGUGCUGAGGACGGAGAGUUUUGGAUGUCCUACGAGGACUUCAAAAAGAACUACACCAAGAUCGAGAUCUGCAACCUCACGCCCGACGCAUUAGAGGACGACAAGAUUCACAAGUGGACUGUCUCUGUGAAUGAGGGACGCUGGGUGAGAGGCUGCUCCGCUGGAGGUUGCAGGAACUAUCCUGACACAUUCUGGACCAACCCUCAGUACCGCCUUCGCUUGCUGGAGGAGGACGAUGACCCGGAAGACAAUGAGGUUGGCUGCACCUUCGUGGUGGCGCUGAUGCAGAAGAACAGACGGAAAGAGCGUAAGAUGGGCGCCAACCUGUUCACUAUCGGCUUUGCGAUCUACGAGGUGCCCAAGGAGAUGCACGGCAACAAGCAGCACAUGACCAAGGACUUUUUCCUCUUCACCUCGUCCAAAGCCCGCUGCAAGUCCUACAUCAACCUCCGCGAGGUCACCCAGCGCUUCCGGCUGAGUCCUGGCGAGUACGUCAUCGUUCCCUCCACCUACGAGCCGCACCAGGAGGGCGAGUUCAUCCUGCGGGUCUUCUUCGAAAAGAAGAACACCUCAGAGGAGAUAGAGAACAGGAUUGAGGCCGACCAUCCCGUGCCAGCGCCGGCCUCAGCGGGCGAGGAGAGCGACGAGGACCAGCAGUUCAGGACCAUCUUUCAGGAGAUAGCCGGGGACGUGAGUACUUCAUGCCACCUUUCCACACGGCAGGAUAUGGAGAUCGCAGCCAACGAACUCAGGAACGUCCUCAACAGAGUGACCACCAAGCACAAGAGCCUGACGACAGAAGGCUUCAGCCUGGAGAGCUGCAGGAGCAUGAUAGCUCUGAUGGACAUGGACGGCACGGGUCGACUGAACCUUCAAGAGUUCCGCCACCUGUGGAACAAAAUCAAACAAUGGCAGGGAAUCUUUAAGCACUACAACGCAGACCAGUCGGGCAGCAUCAACAGCUACGAGAUGAGGAACGCCGUCAACGAUGCAGGGUUCCGCCUCAACAACCAGCUGUACGACAUCAUCACCAUGCGCUACGCCAACGAGAACAUGAACAUCGACUUUGACAGCUUCGUCAGCUGCCUGGUCCGCCUGGAGGCCAUGUUCAGAGCUUUUCAGGCCUUCGACCAGAAUGGAGAUGGCACCAUCCGACUCAGCGUACUGGAGUGGCUCCAGUUGACCAUGUACGCCUAGGAGAGCGCCACCUAGUGCCGCACAAGGACCAGACCUGCCAGACUUUACCUCAUGACUCACUGUGCCCCCCCUUUGACUUCGCCUCAACGCCCCCCCCCCCCUCCCCCGAACCAAACUCACUCUUGUCUUUUCCAUGGAGGGAGACACGCUUCCUUCCUUCCUGCCACCAGUUGUACCGUACUUUCUUCUCUCAGGCAUCCAUCACACAAAACGACCUCUUUUGACGUAUGUCACCGUACCUCACGAGCCUCCAUGACACACACACACACACACACACACUUCUACAGAAGGAAGGGGAUUCAUACGGCCACAUUUGUCACCGUUUACCUGACACAUGAAACGUGACGAAUUGGGGAGUGCUGCUGCACUAUCCACUUUAGCUACCAGAUGGCAGCAGGGUGUUGCAUAUGUGUUUGUAGCAAUUCCAACUUUGACCACAGUGUCAGUUGCUACGUGAAGUGGCGCUUUCAAUCAUUUUCAGCAGACUGCAUUGCAAAAUUAUCCAGGAAUGGGGCCAUAGGAAUCCCUUCCCUACUGCACUUACACUUGAAGCAGGACAUUCACACAAGCUUUUUGUCCAUUGGAGGUUCCAAUAUGGUUUUAUGAGACUGUGGCUAUUAAGGUUGGACUGUGAAUUUUUUUUCCAAGUAUUUAUGGCAUUGGUCGA